GGCGGCGGCCUCCGCUCCCGCCCCGCGGGGCUGGCCGGGCGCCGUGAGUCCAGUGCCCAGUAAACAUUGGCGUGAGCCGCGCCGGCUGCGCGAUGGUGGCGGCGCCGUGAGGGCGGCGGGAGGAGGAGGCGGAGGAGGAGGAAGGGAAGAAGAAGAAGAAGAAGAAGAAGAAGGCGGGGGGGGGGGGCCAUGGACGAGCUCAAGCACCAGGUGAUGAUCAACCAGUUCGUGCUGGCGGCCGGCUGCGCCGCCGACCAGGCCAAGCAGCUGCUGCAGGCGGCGCACUGGCAGUUCGAGACUGCUCUCAGUGCUUUUUUUCAAGAAACAAAUAUCCCCUACAGCCACCACCAUCAGAUGAUGUGCACUCCCGCCAACACGCCGGCCACGCCGCCCAACUUCCCCGACGCCCUCACCAUGUUCUCCCGCCUCAAGGCUUCCGAGAGCUUCAACAGCAGCAGCCCCGUGGCCUCCAUGGCGACCUCCCCGCCGCCCCCGGCCCCGCCGCUGCCCCAGCACGGGGCCUUCAACCCCGCCUGGCCCGCGGCCUCCCCGCCCGGCCAGCAGCAGAGCAUGUGGACUCCGGCCCCGCCGGUGCAGCCCGCGGGCUGGCCUGCCGCCGUCUCGCAGCAGGCCACGGCAGAACAGAAGGCCAACGUGACCAUGGAGGCAGAGAGAUGAGGCCGCAGCGGAGAGCGAACAUGGCGGGGACCCCUGCGUAUAAAUAUAUAUAUAUUUUUUUCCCCCUCCCCGAAGAGGAGAGGAACUCUGCUGCCAGAGCGUCUGGCAGCCACAGAGACACACGAGCGAAUAGCUGCCUUGCAUGGGUUUGGUUUGAAGUAGUUUUUACUUGUCCUAGAGCUGAACAGAGCUCCCCAGGGACAGCGGGAGGCUGCGUGGGACGCGAGGCCGGUGCCAGCCUCUGCCUGGGACCACGCCGUGGUCGGGCUCUCAGGGAGGGUGCGACCCCCUCCUCUCUCGGGACACUGGAGUUUGCAUGCGAGUGACACUUACGGAGGAGACCCCUUCACGGUCCCCGCGCCAGCUGUGCCGCCCCGCUGCGCAGGAUGGACCGUGCCUGUGUCCCCCCUCCCUCGGCCCCACUCGUCCUGGUGGGGGGUGGACGCCCCGCACCGCUUGUUUUUUCGUGAGGAGGAGGAGAGCAAGGGCUGCUCCCGCACGCGCUGCGCCAGCGCCAGCGGGUGAGCGGGGCUGGGGGGAGGCCGGAGCGCUGGUGAGCCGGGCGCCCGUCCCCUCGCCCUCCUGGGAUGGGGUUUGCCCCGGGGCUGUUUGCAUGACAAUGUGUAACCCUAGAGACUGGGAUCAUUUUUAACCCCUCUGUUCUUUUCUCCUGGCGGCUGGAAGUCUCUCCGGACACGCCGCAGCCGCUUGCAAUACACGCUCUUCUGCUUUGAA